AUGCCACUUACCAAUGGCACCUGCUUCAAGCCAUCUGUCUUCACACUAACUGGAAUUCCUGGCCUUGAAUCAGUGCAACACUGGAUUGGGAUCCCGUUCUUCAUCUCAUUUGUCCUGGCCAUUAUUGGAAAUGGGCUCCUCAUCAUCAUCGUUCGCACCGAGCGUGCUCUCCAUGCGCCCAUGUUUAUCUUUUUAGCUGUGUUGGCCACUACUGACCUAGGCCUGACCUUGUGUAUUACCCCUAAAAUGCUGGCAAUAUUUUGGCUGCAAUCAAGAGAGAUUUACUUUGACUCCUGUCUGACCCAGAUGUAUUUUACUCAUACUUUCCAGUGCAUGGAGUCUGGUAUGCUUUUGGCCAUGGCCUUUGACAGAUAUGUGGCUAUCUGUGAGCCCCUGAGGCAUUCUGCGAUUCUCACAAAGAAGGCGCUGGUGAGCAUCGUCAUGGUAGUGACCCUCCGGGCAUCUGUCAUCAUCACCAUGUGUCCACUGCUGGUCAAGUUGCGCCUGGAGCAUUUCCGAACCACAGUCAUCGCUCAUUCUUACUGUGAGCACAUGGCUGUGGUAAAACUGGCUGCAGACAAUGUCAGAGCCAAUAAAGUGUAUGGGCUAUUUGUGGCUUUCUCAGUCCUUGGGUUUGAUGUGAUCUUCAUUUUCUUGUCCUACGCCUUUAUCUUCCAAGCUGUUUUUAAAUUACCCCAGAAGGAGGCACGGUUCAAGGCAUUCAACACAUGCACAGCCCACAUCUUUGUCUUUCUCCAAUUCUAUAUCCUCACGUUUUUUACAUCCUUCAUACACAGAUUUGGCUUCAAUGUUGCUCCUUAUGUGCACAUUCUAUUGUCCAACCUUUACCUGCUUCUUCCACCCCUGCUCAACCCCAUCGUCUAUGGAGUGAAGACGAAACAGAUCAGAGAGGGAGUUCUCAAAAUUUGGUUUCUGAACCAUUUAUGUAGAGAUUAA